AUGCAUUAUUCUAUUAAUUUCUUUUGCUUGCUAAUUUUCGUUGUAAUUAUUGAGUCUAUACCUAACUACUACGAAAUAUUAAAAGUCUCUAAAGAUGCAUCUACCAGAGAUAUCAAAACUGCAUACAAAAGAUUAAUGUUAAGAUAUCAUCCAGACAAAAAUAAAGAUAAUCCAGUCGCUUUGGAAUAUUCCAAGAAAAUAAAUGAGGCUUGUAGAAUUCUUUGCGAUGAGAAAAAUAGGAUGGAGUAUGAUAAAAAAUUAAACAAAUCUUCUGGAUCACCUACUACAUCUGAAGAAUCCUCUCCAUCGUCUAGUGGAUCACCUACCACGUCUGGAGAAUCCUCUCCAUCGUCUAGUGGAUCAUCUACUACGUCUGGAGAAUCAUCCACAUCGUCUGAAGGAUCAUAUCCGACCUUUGCUGGAUCUUCGCCAAAAAGAAAGAAAGCACAUACAGAUUUCGGAUCGUCGUCAAAAGGAAAAUCUUCAACCUUCAGUUUUAAUUUUGAUUCAAGAUUUUUUCCAAAUUUCUUUGGAGGGUCAUCGUCAGGAUUUACUAAUUCAACGUCUAAUGGAAGUUCGAAAGGAAGUCAUAUAGGAGGUAUAAAGUUGAUUAUCAACGAUUUGAAAAUUGUUGUUUUCUCAAACAAAAUUCGUGUGCAAAAUAAAAAUGAAGUUUACGAAACUAACUAUUUAGAAAUAAAAGGAGCUGCAAACAGGCUUAAAAUAUACGGAAAUAAUAUUCAGAUUGAAAAUGUCAAGAAAGAUCAUAAAAAAAUUAUAGCAAAAUCAGUUAAAAUCGACAUAAAGGGCGAACAUAUUAACGUUAACCCAACAAAAAUCGAAUAUAAAUUUUCUGAAGAUUUAAAAAAAUUAAAACCAACAGGAAAUAUUACGGGUAUAAAUGGCACAAUAAAUACAGUUGAGGUGAGAUUUUAUAAAAUGCAUAGGAAAAUUUGA